CGUAAAUGACGCGAUGACGUCACCGCGGUGCUGGCUGGGUCUCGGCUUGUUGUGGCGUUGCCUUCCUCCUCCUAGAGUUAGCUAGGAACUAGAAGAAGGUCUGCCAGCCGUGACAGCCGGCCCGGUCGUUUUCCUGAACUUUUCCCAGUCCCGGUAGAGUCUGAAAGACGGGGCGAGGGUUUUUUCUGUGUUUUCGAUGCAUGGGAGUGCCCUGGGAGCCGCGAAGGGAGAAGACAGCGCGGGUGGUCCUGACCGUACAGCAGGAUGAGUGAGGCGGAGGGCCAGUUCUACAGUGUUCAGGUGGGAGACUCCACCUUCACUGUCCUGAAGCGCUACCAGCAGCUGCGCGCCAUCGGCUCCGGGGCCCAAGGCAUCGUCUGCUCUGCUCUAGAUACAGUCCUUGGUAUCCCAGUGGCGGUGAAAAAGCUGUGCCGGCCCUUUCAGAACCAGACCCACGCUAAGCGCGCCUACAGGGAGCUGGUGCUACUCAAAUGUGUCAAUCACAAAAAUAUCAUCCGACUGAUCAAUGUUUUUACGCCUCAAAUGUCCUUGGAGGAAUUCCAGGAUCUGUAUCUGGUGAUGGAGCUAAUGGAUGCCAGCCUAUGCCAAGUGAUCCACAUGGACCUGGACCAUGAGAGGAUGUCCUACCUGCUCUACCAGAUCCUUUGUGGCAUCAGGCACCUGCACUCUGCUGGCAUCAUUCACAGGGAUCUGAAGCCCAGCAAUAUUGUGGUGAAGUCAGAUUGCACUCUGAAGAUCUUGGACUUUGGCCUGGCGAGGACGGCCUGCACUAACUUCAUGAUGACCCCCUACGUGGUGACCAGAUACUACCGUGCCCCAGAGGUCAUUCUGGGCAUGAAGUAUAAGGAGAACGUGGACAUCUGGUCAGUGGGGUGCAUCAUGGGGGAGAUGGUAAAAGGCAGCGUCAUCUUCCAAGGCACCGAUCAUAUUGACCAGUGGAAUAAGGUCAUCGAGGUCCUGGGUACACCCAGCAUGGAGUUCAUGAACCGGCUGAUGGAGACUGUGAGGAACUAUGUCAUGAACAAGCCACAGUAUCCUGGCGUCAGCUUCGCCGAGCUGUUCCCAGACUGGGCAUUUCCUUCUGAGUCUGAGCACGACAAACUAAAGACGGGUCAAGCACGGGACCUGCUUUCCAAAAUGCUGGUCAUUGAUCCUGAGUGCCGCAUCUCGGUAGAAGAAGCCCUCAAUCACCCCUACAUUCACGUGUGGUACGACCCCGCAGAGGCCGACGCGCCGCCUCCCCAGAUUUCAGAUAAGCAGCUGGAAGAGAGGGAGCACACCAUUGAGCAGUGGAAAGAACUCAUUUAUGAAGAGGUGAUUGACUGGGAGGAGAGGAACAAAAACGGUCUAAUGAAAGAAGAUUGUUCAGAUGUGGCGUCAGGCUCAGCCUCCCAGUCGUCCUCGGCCAACGACAUCUCGUCCAUGUCCACAGAGCACACGUUGGCCUCGGACACAGACAGCAGCAGCAUCGACACACUGACAGGACCCCUGGACGAGAGUCAGUGAACACAGUCCAUCGCCCCGAGUGUCCGUCUGUCCGCCUGUCUCAGCCCUCUCGCAUUUACAACAUCCAAACGUCAAUCAAUCAUCAUAUUUUUUUUUAUUUUCUACCACUUCCUCCUCCCUGUUUUUUAUUUUUUUUUAUUUUUACUGGUCCCGUGUUUUCCUUAUUUCCACAUUAGCCUCAGUGAGUAGGUCCAUCUCUCGGUUUCGUUUCCCGGUUCGAUCCGCUGGAUCUUCCCGAUCCUCUCCUUCCUCAAACCAUAUUUUUGGAACUGCUGCCUAAAGGUCAAAGCUAUCUAUGCUACUCGGUGUGUCAAAAGGUUUCUCUUUAUCUUCUUGGUGGACGUUUAACUUGGUUCUAUGUGUUAUGUAUGGUGUACGCCUCCAUAUUGAUUUUCAGGUUACCGGGAGUAGGUGGCGGGGGGUCGUCGUUCGUUCUGUAUGCCUGUGUUUUGAUAGUUUUAUUUUUUUAGCGAUCGUUAAGUUGUUAAUGUCAUCGAAUUAGAGCAGACGUGCACUAAACAUAGACCACAACUGCUAGCUGCUCUCAUGCAUGUUACGCCAGAAAGAACAAAGCUUAAACGAAACUGAUCGCACCGACCACCUGAUGAUCAAAAUGCUAAAAGUUUGUUUAAAUCUAUAGCACGCUAAAAAAGUAUUGCAGAACUCCACAGUGGUGCUUUCUGCACAGUGUUCUUUUAAAUUUGUUGGCUUGAGUGACGUGGAUUUUGAGCUUUUACUCCUGACAGCUAAGACGAAGCCGUGGUUGCAGUGUUACACUUUUUAUUUCCUGAUAUAAUGUACUGUAUGUAAAGAUGUCGAGAUCCGACGCUCAUCGUGGCCGCUGACCCUCUCAUUACAAAUAGAUAAGGUGUGCUUGUUUUGUUAAAAAAAAAAAUCAACAUCUGUAGAUCUAGAUAUAUAUAUAUAUAUAUAUUACAAUCACCCCUAUUUGACUUAAGGUACUGAUUAUCAAUGUGUAUAUCAAAAGAAGCUCAUAAUCCUGUAAAUCCGGAAGAGGCAAAAAAAAGAUACAUGUAUUUAUUUUUGUGUUCUUGCAGAAUGUUGCACACAACCACAGUGAAGCCCGUGAAAAAUAAAUCCUCUUGUGAAAAACAUUUCAUUGACACAUAAGCAUAUGGGCUGCUCCUUUUUCUAAACCAUUCCAUUAGUGCUGGAAAGUAACAAAAACUAAUCAUGAAAUCAGGCUACACGCGUAAAACGCACGAGGCGGCGCAACGAGCCGCGUUCAUCUUGCAUGAAGGCGUUAAGUCUGUGAUGUUUCUCGUUAUAAAGGUUAAAAUACGUUCAGGUCCGUUCUUUUGCGCGGCAUCCUCAUGUCGUUGUGGUUCUGAAAGCCUGUUUGAGAGAUGUAUUUUUUGCCUGUGAGCAUACCGUAUACAGUGUGUGUGUGUAAAUGUACCGCGCAGCACUCUUCCUCGUUACCCUUAAAGACAGAAAAACCUGUGGAGAAAGUUUUGAGAGAUGCUGAGAGGGGACGUGUUGUGGUUGAAAGUGUGAGACUGUGGAACCCUGAAUCUGGACCUUGCGACUGAAGCCUGAACCUUGGAAAUGGAUUGUGGAUUUUUUGUUUUUGUUUUGUUUUGUUUUUGUUUUUUUUGCAUAACUGAUUGCACAGUGUGAUGGACAUGCAGAAAUAUGACACUAUGGAGUCACUGAGGACUUAUGCACCGUGUUGUACACAACCAUGACCUUAUUGUUUCAGUCAUGCCUUAAAUGACCCGAGCAGUGGCCGUCCCACUCGCUCUAAAAUCUUCGCAGGUGCGGACUGAGCGUCGCAGCGCUCAGAGCGUCUUGUGUGUUGUUUAAAAGAAAAAAAACCUCCAUUGUAUACACUCUACGUCUCAGUUUGUUUCUCCUUUUAUUUCCAGAGAUGUCCUAUGUGAAUGCAAUGACCACAAUAUUAACAGUUGGCCAACAUCCUUUGCCCAAACUCCGCUAAUAAAUUGGACAUCAGUGAUUA